UUUAACCCCCAAACUACACUACACUAACUCUCUAUCUUUCUCACUCCAUUUAGAUUUUUUUUUUGGCUCAUCAAAAGAAGUGUGGAAAUGCAGCUCCUACCGACACUCUGCUUCUUGUUCUUGCAGCUGCUGCCGAGAGGAGGCGCAUCCGCCUCUCACUCCAAUCGCCAAAGAUCAGUCCCUCAUUGGCUCCCCGCCACCGCCACCUGGUACGGAAGUCCCGAGGGCGAUGGCAGCAGCGGAGGAGCAUGUGGGUACGGGUCGCUGGUGGACGUGAAGCCGUUCAAGGCUCGUGUUGGAGCAGUGAGUCCGUUGCUGUUCAAGAACGGAGAAGGCUGCGGCGCUUGCUACAAGGUCAGGUGUCUGGACAAGACCAUCUGCUCAAAGAGAGCAGUCACAAUCAUUGUCACAGACCAGUCGCCGUCAGGACCAUCUGCCCGAGCAAAGCACACUCACUUUGACCUUAGCGGCGCCGCAUUUGGCCAUUUGGCUAUCCCCGGCCAUUCCAGCAUCAUCCGCAACCGCGGCCUCAUCUCCCUCCUCUACCGCCAGACGGCAUGCAAAUACAGAGAGAAGAACAUAGCCUUCCAUGUGAACGCAGGAUCAACAGCUUAUUGGUUAUCUCUUCUCAUUGAGUAUGAAGACGGAGAAGGGGACAUUGGCUCUAUGCACAUUCGUCAAGCGGGGUCGAAGGAGUGGAUAGCAAUGAAGCACAUAUGGGGAGCAAAUUGGUGCAUCGUCGGAGGACCACUAGAAGGACCACUCUCCGUUAAGCUCACCACUUUGUCAAACAAUAAAACGCUCUCAGCCACCGACGUAAUCCCCAAAAAAUGGGUUCCAAAAGCUACUUACACCUCCCGCCUCAACUUCUCCCCUGUCCUCUAACUAAACUGAAGCAUUUCUCUGUCCUCACUUUUUUUUGUUGGGAGAGAGAAUCGGAGAGGAUACUGAGUGAGUGAGAGUGAGAUCUCCUCCCUCUUCCCUCGUUUUUUCUUUUCUGUUUUGUUUGGGGUUGUGUUGAGGAAUGAAGCCAUCAGAGCUUUGAUUAUGUGACUACUUACUACAACAGUACUUACUACGUUACUAAUGGUGUGAUCUACUCUCUAUGUAAUCCUUCUUUUUUUCUUAUUUCCUUCUAAACCUUUGUAAAAGGCGAUAGGAGUAAAGUGUAUUUAUCACA